AUUCCCACCAGCGGCAUCUUUUCUUCAAAACAUCCGCUUCCGGCCGUCCCCGUUUCUUCCUUAGCACCUUCACCGGCAUCUCUUCUUCAAAAAUUUCCGCUUCCAACCCGCAACGCUUCCGGCCGCCCCUCCUCUCCCUUCCUUCCUUACCUCUCCCUCUUUCUUCUCCGCUCCCUCUGCGUUUUCUCCUCUACUUUUUCCGCUCACUCUUCGCUUCACUCUCAGGAUAUUUUGGAUAUUAAAAUGGCUGCUUCAUCAUCCCUUCUGACAUACUCAUUGCAAGAGCAUGCGUCCACCGAAACAGCAAUAAAACGCUGCAAGGGCUAUAUGUACGGUAACUUAUGUUCAUCCUACUCCCGGAUUGGGUACUCCAAAACCAAGUUCCUAACAAGUGCCAAGUUUUCACAUAACGAGAAUUCAUCAAACUGGGAACAUAUUCAGAAAUCUCCAAUGAGGAAUGAAAUCCUGUGCCGUGCUGUGGAAAUUGAAAAUUCACUUUCUCCCUUUGUAAGCAAGAAGUUUGAGCUUGAUGAUGUGAUCGAAUCUCAGCAAUUUGAUAGAGAGAUUCUCAAUGAUAUUUUCGAUGUUGCACAUGAUAUGGAAAAGAUUGAAAAAAGUUCAUCUAAAAGCCAAAUGCUCAAGGGAUAUUUGAUGGCUACCCUGUUCUAUGAGCCCUCAACUAGAACUAGGCUUUCAUUUGAAUCUGCCAUGAAAAGGUUAGGUGGGGAGGUGUUGACAACUGAAAAUGCGCGGGAGUUUUCUUCAGCAGCCAAAGGAGAGACUCUCGAAGAUACCAUCAGAACUGUUGAGGGCUACUCAGAUAUAAUUGUAAUGCGGCAUUUUGAAAGUGGUGCUGCUAAGAAAGCUGCCGCAACUGCUGGCAUUCCUAUUAUUAAUGCUGGUGAUGGUCCUGGACAACAUCCCACUCAGGCUCUUCUAGAUGUAUAUACUAUUCAGAGAGAGAUAGGAAAACUGGAUGGAAUUAAAGUUGGGCUUGUGGGAGAUCUUGCCAAUGGUAGAACUGUACGGUCACUUGCAUAUUUGCUCGCCAAGUAUCAAGACGUGAAGAUAUACUUCGUCUCUCCAGAUGUUGUAAAAAUGAAGGAUGAUAUAAAAGAGUAUUUGUCAUCACAAGGUGUGAAAUGGGAAGAAUGUGAGAACUUGAUGGAAGUUGCGUCCGAGUGUGAUGUGGUAUAUCAAACUCGUAUUCAGCGGGAAAGAUUUGGGGAGAGGAUUGAUCUGUAUGAACAAGCUAGAGGCAAGUAUAUUGUGGAUAAGAAUGUGUUAAAAGUGAUGCAGAGACAUGCUGUGGUCAUGCACCCCCUCCCUCGGCUCGACGAGAUCACUGUUGAUGUAGACGAGGAUCCGAGGGCUGCCUACUUCCGACAAGCAAAGAAUGGUCUAUAUAUUCGGAUGGCGCUCGUGAAACUCUUGCUACUUGGAUGGUGAAGAAAUGCCACCAUUGUAAGUUUCGACAUUUUAUACAUGCUUUUCUAGGAUGAUUUUGUUUAAACAAAUUACUAAGAUUAUAAUGGGGGCGAGUUUUAAGUUUGCUACUAGGCGAAUGGCUUGAUCCCGCUCGCUAGCAGAGAAAUGCGAGUACGAUUUGCUGAGUUUUUCAGUUUAAGGAUAGUUGAAUGAUUGCUUAAACUUUAAACCUUAAACCCUAAAUCUUAAACUUGGAUGAUCUUGAACUUUUGUCAGGGUGUGUCUCUGUUUAGUUGGAGACGGCUGAACUCGAAUUUGGUAGCACUGCUUCAUAUUUCUUA